AUGCAUGUUCACGAACACCCAGCAUCAUCCCCCUUCCUCCAGCGAGCCCUCAAAGCCGCCCUACCAUACAGCAUAAAUCUGGUAUACCGCACACAACACAUCAACCGAACUGAACAUGCACACGUUCUUGCUACAUUCGCACAAGAUGCGGAGGUCCCGACAUGCUGGGCAGCAGCCUAUCUCGACCGGUCCAUGCGGCCAGAAACUGAACUGUGGAUCUUUGCUGCUGGAGAAUUGCCAAAUCACUCAAAGUCACCCGAGGGAUUUUGCGAUGAGUGCAAACGAGCGGUGCUGUCGUUGCUAGACUACAUGUCUACUUUGCCUACGCCGCCGAUGCGUCCGGACAAUCAGCCUGCGCUAGACCUCGCAUAUCAGCAUGAGAAAGAGUUCCCAACGCCGGGUCCCGAUGGCGAAUAUCCGGCCCACCCAGGCACAUUCAUGCGUCACUUGCUUGAAGCAAAAGUGAUCUUGGUAGGCGCAUGCCCUAAACCAAUAUUGGAGAUCAUGCGCGAGAACGGGCUAGUAAGACGGGACAUGCCAGGCGCACAUUUGGAAUUGAACAAGUUUGUAUUCAAGCUUUCUGAUCUGCCGAAAACGAUGGAAUUACCUGAAGGGCUACGUUGGGGUGAUAUGAGAGAGCAAGACAUGGUUACAGUGAAGGCGCGCACCAACAUUCCUCGAUCAGCAAAGACGCUGCUUUCAUUGAAAAGCAUGGGCGUAUUCGAAGAGGGAGGUGGAAGACCUGUAGCAUGGACAUUUCUCGGACUCGACGGUUCCCUCACGACAUUGCACACUGAGCCGGACUACAGGCAGAAGGGUAUAGCCAAGGCUGUUGCGGCGAAGAUCAUGCGGAAGUAUGCACCCGGGCUUGCCGUGGAUGACGAGGGCAACGCCUGGUCGCAUGCAGACGUAUACUUGGGCAACAUGCAGAGCGAGAGUGUGUGCAAAAGUCUGGGGGGUAAGGCGCUUUGGAAAGACUACUGGACGCGCAUAGAUCUUGCAAAAUCUGGCAGCCUAGGUGCUUAA